AUCCGGCUGGAGGGGAGGCUCCGCUGUCUCCUUCCUUCCUGGUUCCUGCAGCAGCUGCUGCCGCUGCUCAGCUCGGUGAGGAGGGAGCGGGAGCGGGCGACUCCAGACGGUGACUCAGAGGCAGAGCGGCCGUGUGGGUCAAGGAGCACGGGUGUCCAUGGACCCUGGGGACCCCCUCAGGACAAGGCAACAUCCUUCCCCUGCCACCCUGCUCUGAGUCUUCAGCAGGAAGGGGCCACUCCCUUCUCCAUGGACUUCCAAGAGAGGGGCCCUCCCUUGCUGUCCGAGAGCACUCCGUCUGCCAAGCCCGGCAGCGCUCAGCAGGCCUCCGAGCUGUGGGAGGUGGUGGAGGAGCCCCGGGGCCCACGGGGUGUGGAGGGUACCAUGCCGGAGAGGCAGGAAGGCCACCUCCUCAAGAAGAGGAAGUGGCCUCUGAAGGGCUGGCACAAGAGGUACUUUGUGCUUGAGGACGGGAUCCUUCACUACGCGACUACUCGGCAAGACAUCACCAAGGGGAAGCUCCAUGGCUCCAUCGAUGUCCGACUGUCUGUCAUGUCCAUCAACAGAAAGGCCCAGCGCAUUGACCUUGACACCGAAGACAACAUCUACCACCUCAAGAUCAAAUCCCAGGACCUGUUCCAGAGCUGGGUGGCCCAGCUACGUGCCCAUCGCCUGGCCGCGCGCCUGGAGGUGCCCAGCAGCACUCACCGGAAGGUUACCGGUGCCCAGCUUCCCACGGCGGUCAGUGCCUCGGCUCUCCCUGGAGUCGGACCUCGGGAGAAGGUGUCCUCCUGGUUGAGGGGCAGCGAUGGCCUAGACCGCUGCUCUCACGAGCUCUCGGAGUGCCAGGGGAAGCUCCAGGAGCUGCACAGACUGCUCCAGAGCCUGGAGUCGCUGCACCGGAUCCCCUCGGCCCCUGUGAUCCCCACGCACCAGGCCUCAGUGACGACGGAGAGACCCAAGAAGGGGAAACGGACCAGCCGCAUGUGGUGCACACAGAGCUUCGCCAAGGACGACACCAUCGGGCGGGUUGGUCGUCUCCACGGCUCUGUUCCUAACCUCUCUCGAUACCUGGAGUCCCGGGACCACUCAGGACCCCGUGGGCUGCCACCCCCAGACUAUGCCCACCUGCAGCGCAAUUUCUGGGCCCUGGCCCAAAAGGUGCACAGCUCGCUCAGCAGCGUCCUGGCUGCCCUCACCGCCGAACGGGACCAACUGAGGGACCUGCACCAGGGUUCCGAGCUGUCCAGGACGGGGGUCUCCGAGGCCUCGGCGGGCCCAAGGCGCCUCCACUCGCUGUCCACCUCCUCGGACACUACAGCUGACUCCUUUAGCUCCCUGAACCCUGAGGAGCAGGAAGCUCUGUACAUGAAGGGGCAGGACCUGACCCCCCAGCUGUCUCAGAGCAGCGUGCUGUCCCUCGCGGAUUCCCACACGGAGUUCUUUGACGCCUGUGAGGUUCUUCUCUCCGCCAGCUCUUCUGAGAACGAGGGCUCAGAGGAGGAGGAGGAGUCGUGCACCAGUGAAAUCACCACCAGCCUGUCCGAGGAGGUGCUGGACCUCAGGGGAGCUGAGCGCUGUCAGAAAGGGGUGUGUGUUGCAGGGAGAGCUGCAGGCCCACCCCGGCGCCGCUGCCUGCCGGCGGCCAGUGGGCCCGGGGCUGACGUGAGCCUGUGGAACAUACUCCGUAACAACAUCGGCAAGGACCUGUCCAAGGUGUCGAUGCCUGUGCAGCUCAACGAGCCACUCAACACUCUGCAGCGGCUGUGCGAGGAGCUGGAGUACAGCAGCCUGCUGGACCAGGCCAGCCGCAUCGACGACCCCCGGGAGCGCAUGGUGUACAUCGCAGCCUUUGCCGUCUCUGCGUAUUCCUCCACGUACCACCGCGCAGGCUGCAAGCCCUUCAACCCGGUCCUGGGGGAGACCUAUGAGUGUGAGCGGCCUGACCGAGGCUUCCGCUUCAUCAGUGAGCAGGUCUCCCACCACCCCCCAAUCUCGGCGUGUCACGCGGAGUCUGAGAACUUCGUUUUCUGGCAAGACAUGAAGUGGAAGAACAAGUUCUGGGGAAAGUCCCUGGAGAUCGUACCUGUGGGGACGGUUCACGUCAGCCUGCCCAGGUUUGGGGACCACUUCGAGUGGAACAAGGUGACAUCCUGCAUCCACAACAUCCUGAGCGGCCAGCGCUGGAUCGAGCACUACGGGGAGGUCCUCAUCCGGAACACGAAGGACAGCUCCUGCCACUGCAAGAUCACCUUCUGCAAGGCCAAGUACUGGAGCUCCAGCAUCCACGAGGUUCAAGGGGCCGUGUUCAGCCGGAGUGGCCGUGUCCUCCACCGGCUCUUCGGGAAGUGGAACGAGGGGCUGUUCCGGGGGCCCCCGCCUGGCGGUCAGUGCAUCUGGAAACCCAACUCGAUGCCCCCAGACCACGAGCGCAACUUCGGCUUCACUCAGUUCGCCUUGGAGCUGAAUGAGCUGACGGCGGAGCUGAAGCGGUCACUGCCUUCCACGGACACACGGCUGCGGCCGGACCAGAGGUACCUGGAGGAGGGCAACAUACAGGCCGCCGAGGCCCAGAAGAGAAGGAUCGAGCAGCUCCAGCGAGACAGGCGCAAAGUGAUGGAAGAGAACAACAUCGUGCACCAGGCCCGCUUCUUCAGGCGGCAGACAGAUGGCAGUGGGAAGGAGUGGUGGGUGACUAACAACACGUACUGGCAGCUGCGGGCCGAGCCCGGCUACGGGAACCUGGACGGAGCCGUGCUGUGGUAGCCACGGCCCCGGGGGCGGGAGGCUCUGGCCCCUCCCCCCUGCCUCCACCUGCACCACCAUGGACACAGGGGCAAAGCCAGGCUCCCGCUCACUGUCCUGGAGACCAGAGGCCCAGCCCUGCUCUAGCCCUGUCCCCCUCUGCUGGCUGGAGGGGCUGCAUCUCAGCCCAUCGCCCACCCUGUAUUGUGGGGGAGAAGCAGGAUUCGUGCUCCCCCAGUCUUGUUGCCCCCAUAACUGGCAUGUAAGACCCUUCUUGCUCCAUCACCCCCUUUCUUCCCUGUUGGGGUACUUGGGGGAGACUCCAGGCCCUCGAGGAUCUGCUCCCCAUUUCAGUGCCUUCCUAGGACACUGGAUGCUCCCCAGGCUUCCUGGGCGGUGCGGUUGGGGUGAGUGAAGGAGCACAGGCAGCCUUUGCCCCCACCCGUCCCUCCUCCGCCCUGUCCGGCAUCUCCCCUGAGCCCUACCCCGGUGGGGCUCCCUCACUCCGUCUCUGGCGAUCUCUCUCAUCCUUCUGGGCGCCCUUCUCCCAAAGCGCGAAACACCUGCGGCUUCCAGCUCCUUCAGCCCUGCGCCCAAGCGGUUUCCUGCAGGACCCCCCAGAACCGUCCCCCCCAGCCACCGGGAGUGAGUGCGUGAGCGCGCAUGCGAGUGCCUGUCUGUGUGGAAGAGUGAGUGUGCGCGUGUGCCUGUGCACUGCUCGCAGGCGAGCAGGACCCCUGAUACGGCCCGGACCGGGCGUCCGCCACUGCUGCUCGCGUUCGCACAGUCUGCCUCCCACAUUCCAAGCUCCAAUAAAGACUGUCCCGGACC